AAAGUUAAUUUAUUUCAAAAUUGAUUAUUUCUUUGUAUAAUUGGCAUCAUUUUGACCCUUAAUUUCAUCAUUUUUUCUUAAUAGCCAUUCAUAACGAUAGCAAUUGCUCUGAUAUACAAUUAAAACUGAGUUACAUUUCAUAAUUAGACUUUCUCUUAACUAGAUAUUUUCUUGGAUAAGGUCGUAUUUUAUCUUGUUCUAUAUAUAGCUAGUGCCACAACAAUUUGGUAGCAAUUUUCACGUGACCAAAAAUCUUGGCAGCCAUUAAAAUUUUGCAGUCAAUAUAAGUUUAUAAAUACUCUUUCUUGUCCCCAUGAGGCCUGUAUUAACUACUUCUUAACUAAUAAGUAUAGUAUAAUUAAGUAAACUGGUUAGUAUGGUAGCAAAAGAUUCUGAUUUAAAACAUUCAGUCGUGGAAGAAGUAGUCUCACCAAAGGUUACUGAAUCAAAGGAUGAAAAGAAAGCUCUUGAUUCCACUGAUAUAGAAUCAACUACUUCUUCGAUAUCCACUAAUGAUCUGAACAACCCUUUCUUGGAUCCUGUCGUUGCAGAACAUUAUCGUUCAGUUUAUGAGAAUGCCAAAUAUGAGUGCCGUGGUGCUUUUGAUCCUCAUUUUGUUUGGGAACCUGAAGAAGAGAAACGUAUUCUUAGAAAAUUGGAUUUCAGGGUCGCAUUUAGUGCUUGUCUUAUGUUUGCUUCUUUACAAAUUGAUAGAGGAAAUCUUAGUCAGGCUGUAACUGAUAAUUUGUUGAAUGAUUUGAACUUAACUACAAAUGAUUUCAAUACAGGUAAUACUAUAUUCUUCGUUUCAUUCUUAUUGGCUGAAUUACCAUCCCAAAUGAUUUCCAAGGCAUUAGGACCAGACAUUUUUAUUCCGAUUCAAAUUUGUGCUUGGAGUAUAGUGGCAAUGAGUCAGGGUGCCUUAAGUGGAAAAACGUCUUUCUUUAUUACCAGAUGUCUAAUUGGAGCUAUCGAAGGUGGUUUCAUUGCUGACUUGGUGUUAUGGUUAAGUUAUUUUUACACCAGUAAGGAAUUACCUAUAAGAUUAUCUUGGUUUUGGACAACAUUAUCAAUAGUUCAGAUAGGUACUUCAUUAGCAGCUUUUGGUUUAUUAAGACUUAGAGGGCAUUUGAAUCUAGCUGGUUGGAGAUGGUUAUUUCUUAUUGAGGGUGCAGUAACUUUGUUAAUUGGAAUUGCUGGAUUCUAUCUUAUGGUUCCCUCGGCUGUUCAGACUAGGAACUGGAUGCAUCCAAAAGGGUGGUUUACUGCAAGAGAAGAAAAGAUUGUUGUUAAUCGAGUAUUAAGAGAUGAUCCAAGUAAAGGUGAUAUGCACAAUAGACAGCCUUUAACUCUUAGAAUGAUUUGGAAAUCUUUAUCUGAUUAUGACUUAUUUCCACUUUAUGCAAUUGGAAUUUUAGCUUAUGCACCAGUAGCCACAAUAUCUUCAUAUCAAACAUUGAAUUUAAGACAAUUGGGCUUUUCAACUUUCAAUACAAAUUUAUUAACUAUUCCGGGAGAUUUUAUCCAUAUUUUGUUUCUUUUAUUUAUUACCUGGUUAUCGGAAAGAGUUGAUAACAGAACUUUAGUAUGUUUCAGUUUACCAUUUUACUCUGUCCCCUUAGUUGCCGUAUUAGCUUUCUGGCAAGGUACCAUGAAGAAUGUUUGGGGAACCUGGGCAGUUACUACUUUAGUAUUAGGAGGACCAUAUAUCCAUGCUAUUUUAGUAGCUUGGGUUUCAAGGAAUUCCUAUUCCAUUAGGAGUAGAUCCGUUGCCAGUGCUGUUUAUAAUAUGAUGGUUCAAUUAGGUCAGAUAUACUCGAGAAAUAUUUAUAGGCAAGAUGAUAAACCCCUUUAUAGAAGAGGUAAUAGUCAAUUAUUUGCUUUAGCUGUUGUUAUGUUUCCGGUUCUCUUAUUCACGAAACUUUACUAUGUGUACAGAAACAAACAGAAAGAAGCUCGUUGGAAUGCUAUGACUCCAGAAGAGAGAGAACAUUACAUCAAGAAUACCACAGACGAAGGUAACAAAAGAUUAGACUUUAAAUUCUCUCAUUAGAUAAAUUGAUGCUUAAUUUUAUAUUUAUUCUGAACUAUGUGUGUUAUUUAUUUAAAGGAUAUUUUUCGAAUUUUAUUGAUAAUUUUGAUAUUGCAUUUUUAUAUCAUUUUGAUUGAUCGCAGUAUACUGUUAAGCAUAAAAACAGCGUAAACUAAAAAAUUGAUUAAAAGUUAACGAGAAGUUAACGAUUUAGAAAGUAUUCAAAUCUUAUUUGAAUCGUGGAAGUCUUUGCCAGCAUAUCUAGCAUACUGUUCUAAAUUGUCUUCAAUUCUAAUAAUUUGAUUGUACUUAGCAAAUCUUUCAGAUCUGGCAGGAGCGCCAGAUUUUACUUGAGCCGUUCUCAAUCCGACUGCUAAAUCUGCAAUAGUAGUAUCUUCUGUUUCCCCAGAUCUAUGAGAAACUUGAACUCCCCAGCCUGCAUCGUAGGCAAUCUUUGCGGCAUCAAU